CAUCAACCUUGGGGACGGGAGGGUGCAGGAGCUUAGAGUUUGCAGAAGAGCAGCGAGGGUCUUGCACGUACAAGUGGCCCCAAUCUCCCUCCCCUCCCCUCUUGUGCUCCACAGGGUUCCUGCUCAACCAGCACCAGGACAUUCUCUAGGAAGCCAGCAGCUCCAGGAGCAUCCCAAUGCGGUUUCAUAGCCCUCCAGAGUGAUGUCCCAGUUGCAGCUUCUCAGUAUCCUGCUGGCACUGGUGCUUUGCCUCCAGGGACCCUCAGCCCAGAUCACGAAAAUGGCCAUUGAGAGCUGGAAGGCCUACAUUGAAGAGUGCGAGCGCAACUUGAGCCUCUUGCCACCCCCUACUGAGCUGGUCUGCAACCGAACCAUUGAAAAGUUCUCGUGCUGGCCUGAUGCACAACCUAACACCACUGUCAAUGUGUCCUGCCCCUGGUUCCUGCCCUGGUACGACCAAGUGAAGAAUGGCUAUGUAUACAAGAAGUGUGGGCCAGAUGGGCAGUGGCUAACCACUCCUGAAGGAAGGAAACAUGACUUCCGUCAAUGUGAGGUGGACAACGAGACCAUCUUAGAGCAAGAAAAGUUUGCUAGGUUCUAUGAUGGCUUCAGAGUGAUGUACACGGUCGGCUACUCAUUGUCCCUCUGCACCCUGCUCCUUGCCUUGGCUGUGCUGCUAGGCUUCAGCAAGCUGCACUGCAUGCGCAACUACAUCCACAUGAACCUCUUCGCCUCCUUCAUCCUGAAGUGCAUCUCGGUGCUGAUGAGUGACAGGCUGCUCAAGACCCGCUUCAAUGAGAAGAUUGACGAGUACAGUAUAAGGCUCUUGAUGACUGAGGAGGAGACGACAGGGUGCCGGGCAGCCAGCGUCUUCAUGCAGUACAGCAUUGUGGCCAACUACUGCUGGCUGCUGGUGGAAGGCAUCUAUUUGCACAACUUGCUUGUGUUGGCCGUCUUCUCCGAGCGUAGCUACUUCACCCUCUACCUCUGCAUCGGCUGGGGGGCUCCGAUUCUCUUCAUUGUGCCGUGGGUGACGGUGAAAUACCUUUAUGAAAAUGUUCAAUGCUGGACUACUAACAAUAAUAUGGGUUUCUGGUGGAUCCUGCGUUUCCCUGUGUUCCUGGCCAUCUUGAUCAAUUUCAUCAUUUUUAUCCGUAUCAUUCAGAUCUUGGUCUCCAAACUCCGUGCCCAUCAGAUGCGCUACACAGACUACAAAUUCCGGCUGGCCAAGUCAACACUGACGCUUAUUCCACUGCUGGGUAUCCAUGAAGUGGUUUUUGCCUUUGUCACGGAAGAGAAUGCACAGGGCACACUGCGAUAUGUCAAGCUGGUCUUUGACCUCUCCCUCGGCUCCUUUCAGGGAAUGCUGGUGGCCAUUCUCUACUGCUUUGUGAACAAGGAGGUACAGUCAGAGCUCAUGAAGAAAUGGACACGCUGGAAGCUUGGCCGGGACAUAGAAGAGGAGUAUAAGCACACAUACAGCCACACGCCCAAUGUCCGCAACGGGGGUGCCAGCACCUGCGAGAAGCACAAACUGGUCGGCAACUGCCUCAAUGGGCUGGGCCGCAGCCAACCAACUGUACAUACCAGCACACAGUACCUGGAGAGGACAGGCUGCAGCGCCAGUGAGAACUUGGCUGUAGGUGAGCGGCCUCAUUGCUAUGAGUUCCCGGACACGGCAGAGUUCCCCAACACGACCGAGAGCAAUUUCUGAAACUGGCUUACUCAUCUGCCCCUGGCUUAUGGGACCUGCAACAGCCACAAUACACAGCAAGGAGGGCAGCUGGCAGUCCAGGACAUGGAGAGGAGCAUGUAACUGGAAAAGGUGCCCUUUGCCAAGUGCACUGAAGCUGACAGUAUGGUGCCAGGUCUUUUUCUGUGUUUGAGACACGUAUACAAGAUCCCAUGAGACUGUCUGCAUGUACAAUGCUCCAUGGUGGGGGACCCUCCACUGGCGGUGCACAGAAAGGAACGAGAUGGUGGUAGCCCACUCUGAGAGGGGCAUGCUGAGGGAGGUGACUGCCGAACAGGCUUUAGGAAGGAAUUCUGUCCAAUGCUAGGGGCUGUGAACAUUUGCACAGUUUAGAGAUUGUGCCAUAAUCCUGCACUGAUCAAACUCAGAAUUCUUUCCUUUUUUUUUUAAAGCAAACCAUUGCAUUUACAGUGAACAAGCUGAAAAUGUGCCAGCAGUAUUUGCUAAAAUGUUUUUUUUAAAACACACACACACACACACACACACACACACAAAGGUCUGUGCAUUUUUUUCCCUAUUGGUCGGGGGUAGGACAUAUUUAGAGUUAUCAGCUCUUUUCGAUCAUCCUUCCCUCCCCUCUAUUCCAGUUCAUGUUAAUAUCCCAAUGCAAAAUUCUGCCAAAAAAAGCAAAACAUGCAACUUAGCUCAAUAUGGCUAAGGGUUUUAAUCUGAAAAUCUUGAGUUUAGGGUUUGCACAGCAUGGUCUCUCCAAGUGCAAGCUUUCCAGAUUCCCUUUUACAUAAAUGAGAAUCAGCCCUCCCCAACCUAGAGCCCUCCAGAUGUGUUGGACUAUAACUCCCACCAUCCCUAUGCUGACUGGGGAUUAUGGGAGUUGUAGUCCAAACCUAUCUGGAGGGUGUGUUGGGGGAAGGCUUGUGUAGCCUCUUCAGAGCUUUACAAGCACAUGGGGCAACAGCAAUCAUACCUCCUGUAGAAGGCCAUAAAAAGCCUCACAGAUUUUGGGAGUGAUGGUGUUAGCAGUGCAGGAAGUGUUGUCUGCAAAGCUUGGAAGGGAAAUAGUAUUCUCUGUGGAAGCAACAAUGCUCACUCAGGUGAGAAGUGUUAUCAGCCAUCGACCAUGCAUGCGGCUGUACCAUUGUCUCUGCACCGAGGUCAUGCUUGCGCCAUUUGUUCUGGGAUGACUUUUCUCUUGGGUGACUCUGUAAAUCCAUGUAUGUGUGGGCAAGGCAAUGCAAACUCUGAGGGCCACCUUUGCGUCUGUGUAUGUCUGUAUGUCACUGCCAAUGUUCUGGGGAUCAAAGACCCAAUAAACUGUGCUAUGCCUCCUUGUAA